GUUUCCAAAAUAAAAAUAUGAUCCUCACCCCUCUUGCUUGACAGGGAAAGGCUCUUGCCGGAGCCCAGGGGGGAGCAGUAGCAGCGGCGGCCGAGCUUCCUAGUCCAUUGCCAGCGCCUCUCACUCUGAUCUGUCAGACCAGCCGAGGGAAAAGGGGGGAAGGAGAAAAAAAAAAAAGCAGCUGAAAGACAAUCUGCUUCAUCUUGAUUCUGCAGCAUUCCAAACUGUGGUAUCCUUGGGGUUCUCUUAACAUUGCUAUGGUGCAGAAGAUUUAAAAUCAGCUGAUGUUCACAAGGAAUAGAGUCACGUGAUGUAUGAAGGGAAACAUAUACACUUCUCUGAGGUUGACAAUAAGCCCUUGUGCUCAUAUAGCCCCAAACUGUGCAAGCAGCGGCGACUCAACGGCUACGCUUUCUGUAUCAGACACGUUCUGGAGGACAAGACUGCCCCCUUCAAGCAAUGUGAAUAUGUGGCCAAGUAUAAUAGCCAGCGCUGCACCAACCCCAUCCCUAAAUCAGAGGACCGCAGGUACUGCAACAGCCACUUGCAGGUACUUGGCUUUAUCCCGAAAAAAGAGAGGAAGAAAAAGAAUGAUCCUAUAGAUGAGGUAAAGGUCAGGCACCAGAUGGAUACCAUGGCCUUUAGCCUGACGGUGCCCACGUUGGCCUUGAAGAUGCCCAAUGGACUGGAUGGAAUGUCCCUCUCUCCACCAGGGGCAAGGGUCCCUCUCCACUACCUGGAAACUGAGUUGGAAGACCCAUUUGCUUUCAACGAGGAAGAUGAUGACCUAAAGAAAGGGGCAACUGUGAGAAAGAAGUUGCAGAGCAAGUUGGCCCAGAAUCGGCAGCGCCAGAGAGAGACAGAGAUUUUAAAAGUUCGACAAGAGCACUUUAGUCCCCCUCCUGCACCUUCUCAGCAGCAGCCUCCGCAGCAGCACUCCCACCUGUCACCUUUAUCCACUUUAAAACCUCCAGCGCCACCGCAGGGUCUAGUCUGCAAGUCACCUCAACCUCAGAACACCAGCCUACCAAUGCAGGGAGUGGCCCCCACUCCACACACUAUAGCACAAGCCAGGCAGUUGUCUCACAAGAGGCCUCUGCCCCUCCUGCCAUCUAGUAGGGCUCCCGUCGUGGACCCGCCCAGGACUGACCGGGUCCUUAUGAAAGCCACAGCCUUCUCUCCACACUUCUCUUGUAUAAGUCGACUGCAGAGACUGGUGAAACUGUGCACCCAAAAACAUCAGCUGGACACUGAUCUGUUUCCCCAUUUAGGGUUGGACUGGUCUGAAGAGAGUGGAGAAGAACUGGAGGACUCAGAGCAGGCCUCGCCAUACCAGGUUGCCUGGUCCAUCCGAGAGACCCUCAGAUACGAAAGACACACGUCGGAUAAUGAUGAUACAGAGAGUAGGAGCUCCAGGGUGACCCAACUUUGCACUUACUUUCAGCAGAAAUAUAAGCACCUCUGCCGCCUGGAGCGGGCAGAAUCUCGUCAAAAGAAAUGCCGGCACACGUUUAGGAAAGCUUUGCUGCAGGCGGCCAGUAGAGAGCCAGAAUGUACUGGCCAGUUGAUCCAGGAGCUACAGAGAGCUGCAUGCAGUCGGACCAGCAUAAGCCGGACCAAGUUGAAGGAGGUGGAGCCAGCAGCAUGCAGUGGGACCGUGAAGGGUGAACAGUGCACCAACAAAGCCCUUCCAUUCACCAGACAUUGUUUCCAACAUAUCCUCUUGAACCGCUCUCAGCAACUCUUCUCAAGUUGCACGGCCAAGUUUGCAGAUGGACAGCAGUGCUCUGUGCCCGUUUUUGACAUUACACACCAGACACCUCUGUGUGAAGAACAUGCCAAAAAAAUGGAUAAUUUCUUGAGAGGAGAUAGCUCCCGUAAAGUUCAGCACCAGCAGCAGAGGAAACCCAGGAAAAAAACCAAGCCUCCUGCACUUACCAAAAAACACAAGAAGAAGAGAAGGCGUGGACCUCGUCGACCCCAAAAGCCCAUUCCCCCUGCAGUUCCUCAGGGGAACCUCAGCAUGCCCACCAGCGUCUCACUGCCAGUGGAGGCCUCUCACAUCCGGAGCCCGUCCACGCCAGAGCUGAGUGCUGAUGAGCUGCCGGAUGACAUUGCCAAUGAGAUCACUGACAUUCCACAUGACUUGGAAUUGAACCAGGAGGACUUUUCAGACGUCCUGCCGCGGCUACCUGAUGACUUACAAGAUUUUGAUUUUUUUGAAGGCAAGAACGGGGACCUCCUCCCCACCACCGAAGAGGCCGAGGAGCUUGAGCGGGCCUUGCAGGCCGUGACGUCUCUUGAGUGCCUGAGUACCAUUGGGGUGCUCACCCAGUCAGAUGGUGUGCCCGUCCAGGAGUUGUCAGACAGAGGAAUAGGGGUGUUCUCCACAGGGACUGGAGCUUCAGGAAUUCAGUCCUUGAGCCGAGAGGUCAACACGGACCUGGGGGAGCUGCUGAAUGGGCGUAUAGUCCACGACAACUUUUCUAGUCUAGAGCUGGAUGAGAGCCUGCUCCGUUCUGCUACCUUGUCUAACCCACCUACACCCCUGGCAGGGCAGAUCCAGGGGCAGUUCUCUGCCCCAGCCAACGUUGGCCUUACUUCUGCCACUCUGAUCAGCCAGAGUGCCCUUGGGGAGAGAGCCUUCCCAGGACAGUUUCAUGGACUUCACGAUGGCAGCCAUGCCUCGCAGAGGCCGCAUCCUGCCCAGCUGCUGAGCAAGGCAGAUGACCUAAUCACCUCACGACAGCAAUACAGCAGUGACCAUUCACACUCCUCGCCCCACGGAAGCCAUUAUGACAGUGAGCACGUGCCGUCUCCCUACAGCGACCAUAUCACCUCUCCCCACACAACAUCUUACUCUGGUGAUAACAUGGCAGCUACCUUUUCAGCAGAGAUGCCCAUCAUGGCGCAGCACUUGCUCCCAGCCCAACUUGAGGUGCCACUUGGAGGAGUCGUAAACCCCAGAACUCACUGGGGCAACCUCCCUGUCAGCCUCGGAGAUCCCUCUCCAUUUAGCAACCUUCUCGGCGCAGAUGGACAUCUUCUUUCCACUUCCCUAUCCACACCACCCACCACUUCGAACUCAGAGACCACACAGCCUGCCUUCGCCACCGUGACCCCCAGCAGCUCCAGUGUGCUUCCGGGGUUACCGCAGACCAGCUUCAGUGGCAUGGGGCCUUCUGCUGAACUGCUGGCCUCCACCUCUCCCAAGCAGCAACUCCCUCAGUUCAGCGCAGCCUUCGGCCACCAGCUGAGUUCUCACAGUGGCAUCCCCAAGGACCUGCAGCCCAGCCACAGCUCAAUAGCGCCUCCCACAGGCUUCACAGUGACAGGUGCCACAGCUACAAGUACCAAUAAUGCGUCUUCUCCCUUUACCUCCCCUAACUGAGCGUAUCUGUGUGCUUGCAGGCAGGUGGGGAACCUGGUGUUUUCUAUCUUGUUUUCCUCUUUAUCACCCCUCUCCCCUUUUCCUAAAGAAGAUUUUAAAAAUAACAGAUGGGGACUAGAGGAGAACUCCCUUUUCCUGUUAAGCAGGUUACCCCACAGUGGACCUCGCUUCAGUGUUCACGUGUGCUCCUUCGCACUGGUGCUCAUUCCCUCCUGGCAGGUCCACUCUCCCCCAGUGGUUUCCUUAGUGGCUCAGCACAGUGACUGGAUAGAAUCGACUUUUAGCAGCAAGUCCUAGAAGUGAAAGAUACCUCAGAUUACCAGUGCCCUUUACUAUUUCCUAGUAUUCAGAUCAAUGCUUUCCAUUCUAAUACCAGGUCUUUACAUAGGUGGUUCUAAAUGGAAUGAGCCUAUUCAUUGAGUUCCUGUGUAAGAGAUGGCAAGUGGUGUGUAGAGGCAGAUCAAGGCUCUGACUUAGCACCGACUGCUAAACAUCACAUGAGGCCAGGAUUCCAUUCCUAAUUGUGAUCAUGUUUAAUUAAAAAGAAAAAAAUUAGUCUUUUAACUGCCUGUGUGUAUGUGUGCACCCACGCGUGUGUUUUUGUGCAGGGCAGGAAGCAGCUGUCCCAUUGUUUUGUUUUUUUUUUUUCUUUCCUAAUGAGUAGAAGGCUCUUCUCCUUUCCCACAUCUCACAGCCCUGAUAAGGUUGGUCAUUCUUUCCCACUGAGUUAACUGACUUUCCUGAAUGGAGAAGGGUGGUGGUCUGGUGGCGUGAAUAGCACAACCCUUUUCUGCUAAGUUAGCCCAGAACACAAAAAGCUGAAUUCAUGUCAGUGCCCUGCAGAUGUCGUGAAAAGCUUGCCUGGAGGGACUGCAGGGUUGCUGCGAUUCUGAGGUCUGGUGGUUGGUUAUAUUGCCUUUUUAGACAUGCAUUUGUUUCUAAAUCCCUCUUCCAUGGAAUAUAUUCGCAAGAUGUAAUUAAAAUAUUUUGAUGUGAAAAGCAGGAUAGGUCAGAUAGGUUUGGAAAGAUGGGAUCUGUGAACUCCUUGAUCCAUCUUUUGCUUUUGAAUUUUUCAUGUUUACAGUAGUGAUUCUUUGGUAAGAUUUGUAAAAUGUUGAAGACACUUGUAGAAUCAAUGUACCAG